CAAAACAAACUUUCUGUCUAGAUGUACACUGUUCAAAAAUCAUAUCUAGGCAGGCAUUGAGAAGACACCCAUGCUGAAAGUCCACUUCGGAGAAGUUUGAAAGGGUUUUGUCAUGGAUCCAGAGGUGUCUUUUAUGCUGCUCUGUGAUCCAUUACAGGCUCUUGGAGAACAUCAAAUUCACGUAGAAAUUUCAGACAGGUUCAAUCGGCAGAGUUUUCCUGAAAUCGAGCAGCACAUUGAAGCUGUAUGGAGUGACCGAGUGGCCAAAGAACCGUGGCUCUUCAAUGGAGCUAAAUUCAGAUUGCAUUCAGCGGUGCUGUCCGUCAUGGAAAAAGGACCCGUGGCAGAACAGGCCGCCCAAAACCUUACACGCUCACAACGUGGUGAAGGAGACCAAUUAGAAAGUGCUGAUAAAUCAUCCAAAGAUGAGCAGUCGUGUGUGCUCACAUUACAGUUAGGCCUGACCUGUUAUAAAGACUAUCUCGGGACUAACUGGUCACGAGAGGCGGGGAGGCUGCAGAGUCACGGACAGAACGAAUGUGCAGAUCCGCAGGCCUUCCUCGCUCAGCCGCUGGGGGUCGGUGCUGUCAUGGCCACGGCAGACGGAGACGUCGUCCUGCUGAGGAGAAGCCAGAAAGUGGCAGAGGCUGCAGGCCUUUUAGACAUACCUGGAGGUCAUCCUGAGCCAAAGAUGUUGUGUCCAGGGGUCGGUGAGGAGGCCAUAUGUGCUGAUCUCCUGCAGGGUAAAGAGAGAGCCGUUGUUUCCGAGAUCUUCUCCUCGGUGUGUGCAGAGAUCAGUGAUGAGGUGAACGUUCCCGUCAGUUCUCUGAGCAAACCGGUGUUUAUGGGAAUUGCGCUGAACCACACUAGUGCAGGACGACCCAGUGCAGAGUUUUAUGUCCGGAUACAAUUGUUACAAAUCGUCAAAAACAGAGUACAAAUACAUAAACAGGAAUUUCAAAAGACAUUCUUUAUCGCAUUUCUAUGUCAUUUUCUUAACUCUGUUCUACAGAAAAUGUUCCAAUUAAACGAGCGCGCCCCCCUGUGGUCAGAGAUGUGUCCUUCAGCGAAGGGUGCAGUACUGCUGUAUCAGAGGGUGAUGCCUGAUUGCUGAAUUUAAUCAGAUACUCAACCGCCUCUGAAUAGUUGCACAAGCAGAUCAUAUAAACACGAGUAAUUACACCAUUUAAAGAAACAGUUCACCCACAUAUGAACAUUUG